CUUCUCGACCUGUUUGGUCAGUCCUCUCCUCGUGGGUUUUUGUUUUUAUUUUUUUCAGUUUCUAGCCCGUGUUUUUGUGUUUCUACCGUUUCCCAUUUUCGAGUCCGGAGAAGCGUCGAAGGAUGUGAACAUUUGAAGUUGCACCUUCUUUCGAGGAUAUGAAGUUUUCUAGUUAUGGUGACUUACCUGAUAUUCAACAUAUAGAAUGCUAUCGGCCGUGUUAUAUGCCGUCAGCUCUUUACUCGCACUCAGUCUUGGAUACCCGACAUUAUUGUUCACUACAUCAAAGGAUAUCAGAAUUGCAAACAUUUCUAGACCAUAUUCAUCAAAAGUUGCUAUUGUUGUAAAGGAUCUUGAAGGUGCAGCAGCUGUGGAUUACUAUCAUGAGGGGCGUCUUAUAUGCUGGACCGAUUCAAGACUGGGAAGCAUACAAUGUGCUUCGUAUAAUGGCAAUUAUGUUGGUCCAAAGAUGAAUGUCGUCGCGAGUGGGCUAUUCCUACCGGAAGGCCUAGCCUGCGAUUGGCUCACUCAGAAGCUCUAUUGGACAGAUGGAGAGACCAAUAGGAUCGAGGUCAUCACGAUGGACGGCAAGCAGAGAAAAGUUCUCUUCUGGGACAUUGACCAGCCCAGGGCAAUUGUCGUCGUACCGAAUGAUAGUAUAAUGUUUUGGUCUGAUUGGGGUGAUGUACCAAAAAUUGAGAGAGCCUCAAUGAAUGGUGAUCCACACAGCAGGAAAAUAAUUGUCUCUGAUGACAUUUAUUGGCCAAAUGGCAUGACAGUUGAUUACGAUGCCAAAAGAGUCUACUGGCUGGACGGGAAACUUCGUUUUAUCGCCGUGAUGGAUUAUGAUGGAAGAAAUAGAAGGAAACUGAUUGAAUCUGAUGUCCCAUACCCUUUCUCACUUACCAUUUACAAAGAAAAGAUGUUCUGGACUGAUUGGGAGACGUGGUCGAUCCACACAUUCGACAUUAAUACUAGUCAAACCAAGGAACUUUUCCAUAUUGCCAGUUCAGCGCCUUUCGAUGUACGAGUGAUGGAUCCAAGCAGACAGCCUCCUAAGAUUACACCCUGUUCUGUAAAUAAUGGUGGAUGUUCUCACCUCUGCCUCCUUUCGCCGUACAGCCCAGGCUAUUCCUGCGCUUGCCCAACAGGAGUCAAGUUAAUCGACAACUAUACUUGCGCAAAUGGACCUCAGGAGAUGAUCCUGCUCGUCCAAGUAAAUGAAAUCUGUCUGAUCUCGCUGGAUUCACCGGACCAUACGAUUAUUUCGCUUAACAUAGUUGGAAUCAAACAUGCCAUCGGGAUAGACUAUGACCCAGUGAACAGUUACAUAUACUGGACUGACAAUGAGGCUCAGGUCAUUCGUAGGGCAAAGUUAAAUGGCACAGAGAGUUCAGAUCAGAUGGAUAUUGUUUCUUCAGAACUUCAAUCGCCUGACGGCGUUGCCGUUGACUGGAGGGCACAAAAUCUUUACUGGACAGAUUCAGGCACGGACAGGAUACAAGUUCUAAGAUUACAAACUACAUUCAGUAAAGUGCUUAUAAAUAGCGGAUUAGUGGAGCCGAGAGCUAUUGUUGUCGCUCCUGAUGAAGGCUUAAUGUUCUGGUCAGAUUGGAAUGAGAAAAAUCCAAAAAUAGAAAGGGCAGGUCUUGAUGGUUCUAUGAGGACUCUUUUAGUGCAUGAUCAUUUAGGCUGGCCCAAUGGAAUCGCACUCGACCACCCUGCAAAAAAACUCUAUUGGUGUGACGCUAAAACUGACAAAAUUGAGGUUAUCAAUUAUGACGGAACCGAUAGAAAGGAGAUUAUAAUGGACAAUAUACCACAUGUUUUCGGUCUCAGCUUGCUUGGCGAUUACCUCUAUUGGACUGAUUGGCAGAGAAGGAGUCUAGACUCAGGUCAUAAAAUUACUGGUGCUAACAGAAGGAUAAUACUCGACUUAGCGAACAUGAUGGGACUGAAGGCAAUAGGGAAAAUGAUGAAACCUACCAAGUACAACCCGUGCGCUCAAAAUAACGGAAAUUGUUCUCACCUCUGUCUAAACACACCGACGAAAUAUACUUGCGCUUGCCAUAUAGGUUAUGAACUUGAAGCAAACGGAUUCUCUUGUGUUGUACCAAAAGCAUUUUUGCUCUUUGCUAAAAAAUACAAUAUUGGCAGAAUCAGUAUUGAAAAUGCUCAGAAUGAUGCAAUAAUUCCUGUCUCUGGAAUAAAAGAUGCUAGUGCACUCGAUUUUGACAUCAAAGAUGGCAGGAUUUAUUGGACUGAUGUGAAAGCCAAUGCCAUUGCAAGGUCUUAUAUAAAUGGCUCGCAUGUUGAAAAAAUUGUAGAGUUUGGUCUGGAAUCUCCAGAAGGUCUUGCAGUCGAUUGGUUAGCUCAAAAUGUUUACUGGACUGACGCAUCUAUGAAAAGAAUCGAGGUGGCCAAACUCGACGGCAGGUUUAGGAAGACUAUAAUCUGGUCUGGGCUGAUCGAACCGAGGAGUAUCGCAGUGGAGCCGAAACGCAAAUUCAUCUUUUGGAGUGAUUGGGGCAACUCUGGCUCAAUCAACAGAGCACUCUUAAACGGGGCCUCACCGAAGGUUAUUCUGGCCAACAUUGGCCGUGCCAACAGCUUGACUAUUGAUUAUGGAGAGGGAAGGAUAUACUGGUGUGCGAUCCAAGGAUCAAUCGAGUCAGCUUAUCUUAACGGGACAGAAAGAUCUACGCUAGUGAAAAGUCCGCGACCUUUCACUAUGUCAAUAUAUCAGGACAACGUAUAUUGGUCAGACUGGGAAACAGGGCAGUUGUACGUUACAAACAAACAUAUGGGUCAAAACAAGACAUUGCUCCAUCCUCAGGCUGAACAAGUGACGUCUGUCGUCGUCUACCAUAGUUGGGCUCGAUUGGGCUGGACAAACUGCACCAAUGGUGGAGGGUGUGCACACCUCUGUCUUGGAUCAUGCACCUGUCAAAAUCAUUACACCUUAAGUGGUGAUAAGUGCCUGCCUCCUUCAUCAUUCAUGCUGGUAGCGACUAAAAAUUCGGUGAGUCGACUUGUUUUUGAGUCUGGUGUCUGCCCUGACUCACCUCUUCCCAUACAUGGUUUGAAGAAUGUCAAGUCAAUCGAUUACGACCCUAUCCACAAUGCACUUUAUUGGCUUGAAGGGAGAUCACAGACUACUAUCAAGAGGUGGUCUCAAGGUGUGUCGAGUGUCGUCGUAAGUGGGCUUUAUGGUACUACAUCUUUUGCAGUUGAUCCUUUCUACCGAGUGCUAUUCUUCACUUGCCCUAACGAAGGCACUAUCAAUGCCACAAAGCUCGAUAACGGCACUUCUACCACCGUUGUUAUCCGGACUCAUCCUUCUGAAAAACCAAAGUUCAUCGCUCUUCAUACUCUAAAAGGUUUGUUGUUUUGGGUCGGAGAAAGCAGGGAAAGUCGGAUUUACAAAAGUCGUAUGGACGGAGUGAGGAGAGUGACUUUAAUCAGCAACCUACCCCAAGUUGUUUCGUUAGCAGUGGACCAGAAGGAUAGUGCCAUUUAUUGGGCCACAGGUAUGCAUCUAGAGUCGGCCGAUUUUGAGGGAAAAAAUAGAGUCAUAAUAGCAACUGGAGAGAAAAUAAAUUGGAUAGCAGCGAUGGGCAAGUCAGUAUAUUGGAUUCAUUCAACAUCAGUGAUGAACUAUGACAGGCACACAAAUCAUGCUAAAAUUGUGUUCAAUUCCCACAAUCACCUUGUAGCUUUAAUUUCUAUGAGGGUGCCUUCAAAAAAGUCUCUAAUUCAACCAAAUUGGAAAUGCUGGAAUGGGGAAAUAUUGCAGUCCCAUAUAGAUUGUACAAGGGAGGGCCCGUGUUCGCACGAUCAAUUCUCUUGCAUUUCAUCUCCGGGAGAAUGCAUACCGAUGAAGUGGAGAUGUGAUUCCAUGGCGGAUUGUUUUGACGGAAGUGAUGAGACUAAUUGCCCCCAGUGCGCUCCUGACAAAUUCACCUGCCAGCCAUCGUUAUGCAUCGAUAUGAAAUUUGUCUGCGAUGGGACUCCUCACUGCCCAGACAAUUCAGAUGAAAAAUCCUGUUGCAUCACAAGUGGAGGCCAUCAGUGCGGUUCGAGGUGCAUACCGGCACAGAAUAUAUGCGACGGCUGGUCAAACUGUUCCGAUGGUUCAGAUGAGUCUGCUGAGGCAUGUGCCACUGCUGACAGAAGAAGGAUGGCAGUGGUAUCAGAUGGCCAUAUCUCUCAAGGGCCCAUUGUAUUCAUCGUUUUUGUCAUUGCUAGUCUUAUUGCUCUUGUUGGCUACUCCAUUUUCAGAUGGCAUUCAAGAAAAUUAAAAUCAGGUGUGGCUGUUGUGGGACCGAACGAUCCUGCGUUGGAUCCUCUAUCUCCCAAAACAAGAAACGGCCAGGUGCCAGUCAUGGGAACUAAGUUGCAUCCCGGAUCAGGUAUAGUGAGAAUGUCAUCAUUGCAGAGGUCCACUUCAUCACAACCGUCUACAGGAUCUCUGUUCUGUUACCCUUUGAACCCACCGCCAUCACCAGCGACUACCAACAAAGAGCGGCUUACAUUUUAUCGUCCACCGCCGCCCACGCCUUGUUCAACUGAUGUUUGUCACGAGACCGACUCUAAUUACCAGGGGGAGAGUGAACCUCUUCCCCCUCCACCAACACCUACGAGCGCAUCACCAUCACCGUCAUCGUCUACAUACUUCCAUCCUACUCCACCGCCGCCUUCUCCAACUGUAUAAUUUUGUCUCUUUGUGAUUUAUGUGGUUGACAAUCUGUGAUAAUUUUGUUUAACUGAUUUCUUCAUUUCUUUUCUUGUUUUUUUCUUUUUUUAAGCUCAACUAGUUGGUUUGGGAGAAAUACUCUUUAGAACUUUUAUUUGGAACUAUUGCUCAUUUCUCCUAAGAAAUUGAAAUUAAUUGCAAUUGUCUCUUGUCAGGUUGCUUUUAAAACCAUAUUCCUUUUUUACAUGACAAAACACAAAGCGUACAAACAUGCUAAAACUUCUUUUUCUGUCACAUACUAUUGUAUAGUUUUUGUCUUUAUUUGACUAUUCUUAUACCCAAGUGCCACUAGAUUAUCACCAUUUUGAAACUGUAUAAUUUAGUUUAUGAGAAGACUGUCAAGUCUAACCUUUUGAAUUCCUUUUAAUUAUAUUGACUGAUUUAGGCAUUACAACACACUUAAGGCCUGUGUUAAUUAAGUCUUGCCAAAUUAAAAUAAUAUAAGUGCAAUUUUUAAAGUAAGUAGCAUGUAAGUCGAUAAAGAUUAUAUUAAAAUUUUAACUGGUUUAAUUCUGAGUGAUAAAACAUAUCUUGAUUUUUUUUUGUCACUUAGCAAUAUAAAUUCUCACUUGUGCCUUUUUCUAUUGCCUUUGAAGAGGAACGUUAGUGUCUUUGGAAAUUUUUGUAUAGAUGUAAAAUAUUUGUUUUAUCCUAUAAAGUGAAUGUACAAAUUAUAUUUAAUAAAAUAAUACGAUAAGUUGCUUAAUUAUGUAAAUUCUUAAAGUUUAUAAGGUGUAUAAUAAGUGCCUUUCAUACCUACAUCUUUAAAUAUUUAUUGUUUUUACUUUGUUGAUAAUACAAAUAAAAUACAAACGUUACAAUUUUAAA